UGCAAGAUUGCGUAUUGCUUCUCUGCGCUGACGAGAAUUCAACGUCUCAAUUGUUGGAAUAUGUGCCUCGCACCCUGAGUCGGUGACAGUGGUACAUACGAUGAAAUAUACGGACAAUAGUGGGGAACGUGUCGUUAUUCCCCUCGCCAUCUGCAUCAUGUCCCACUGUAGGCUUCUCGAGCUUUUUGGAGUCAAGGUGCUGCAGAUUACUCAGGUGCUUCCUAGUGUCUGCGUUGCCAAGGGCGGUACAGCCCGUCAUGUCCGUGAAGUGCAUCCGCGAGCACACGGGUAAAGCGUUGUUGGAGAAGUGGCUUCCCGAGAUCUCCAAUGGCAAGCACAAAAUGGGCACAGCGGGAGUGCUCAUUACACCCUCAGUGCUUGAUCCGACCAGCGGGGACACCUGGGAGUCGAUUGUGGAGAAGAACCCCUGGCUGCUGACUUCCAAGCUCGUGGCCAAGCCUGACCAACUGAUCAAGCGCCGUGGCAAGGCUGGCCUCAUCGCACUCGGCAAGACCUUCGACGAGGCUAAGAAGUGGGUUAUGGAGAGGAUGUGCACCGAGCAAAAGGUGGAGACCGUAACUGGUCAGCUGAAUCACUUCCUAAUCGAGCCAAUGGUGCCCCAUAAACAGGAUGAGGAGUUCUACAUCUGCAUCCACACUGUGCGCUACUACGACGAGAUCCUGUUCUACCAUGAGGGUGGUGUUGACGUUGGGGACGUAGACUCGAAGGCUGAGCGUCUCCAGAUACCGAUCGGGGAGGGCGUCGACGACAAGAAGAUCAUCGCCGGUCUAUUGUCGAAGGUGCCAGCUGCGAAGCAACCCAGUUUGGCGUCUUUCAUUGAGUGCCUCUACAAAUUCUACAAGGAUCUGCACUUCGCAUAUCUGGAAAUCAACCCCUUGGUGAUGCUGGAAGACAACACAGUGGUGCCUCUGGACAUGGCCGCGAAGAUUGACGAGACCGCCAACUUCCUGGUUGCGCAGAAGUGGGGGGAGGUCGACUGGCCCCCGCCGUUCGGCCGCGCCGCCUACGCCGAGGAGGCGCUCAUUCGCGACAUGGACGGCAAGACGGGUGCUUCGCUGAAGUUGACCAUCUUGAACGAGAAGGGCCGCGUGUGGACCAUGGUGGCGGGUGGCGGUGCGUCCGUAGUGUACGCCGACACUGUCGCGGACUAUGGCAUGGGGAGCGAGCUCGCGAAUUACGGCGAGUAUUCUGGCGCCCCGUCGACCGAAGAGACUUUUGUGUAUGCGAAGACAUUGUUCUCGCUCAUGUUGAAGUACAAGCAUCCUGAGGGCAAGAUCUUGAUCAUCGGCGGCGGCAUCGCCAACUUCACUGACGUCGCAGCGACCUUCACGGGUCUCAUACAGGCGCUGCAGCACUAUGCGGACGACAUCAAGGAGCACAACAUCAAGAUCUGGAUCCGUCGUGCUGGCCCGAACUACGUGGAGGGUCUGCGCAAAGUCAAGGUGGCCAGCGAGAAGCUCGGCCUCGGCAUCAAGGUCUACGGCCCGGAGACGCACAUCACGGCCAUCAUCCCCAUGGCGCUCGGGCUCAAGGAGGUGCAGGAAGAGCCCGACCUCAGCGCGUCGUGUGGCCCCCCGGUGCGCAAGAUGAUCGACAUGAAGGACAAGAAGCCCAACACGCAGAAGCCAGCGCCGCCUGCGUCGAAGCACACCAUUGUCACGGCCACAGCCGACACGACCUGCAUCGUCUACGGCAUGCAGAACCGAGCCGUCCAGGGCAUGCUGGAUUUCGACUACAUGUGCAAGCGUAAGAAGCCCUCUGUCUCCGCAAUGGUGUUCCCCUUCUCCGGGAACCACUACGUAAAGUUCUACUGGGGCACCGAGGAGAUCUUGAUGCCCGUGUACACGACCACAAAGGAGGCUUGCGAGAAGCACCCAGCUGUCUCCGUCUUCGUCAACUUCGCGUCCUUCCGCUCGGUCUAUGAGACGUCAAUGGAGGCGAUGGAGUACCCAAACGUCAAGACCGUUGCCAUCAUCGCCGAGGGUGUGCCGGAGCAGCAGAGCCUUCUGCUCAUCAAGGCGGCCGAGGCCAAGGGCAUCGGCAUGAUCGGCCCCGCCACGGUCGGCGGCAUCAAGCCCGGCUGCCUGCGCAUCGGCAACACGGGCGGCAUGUUGGACAACAUCGUGAUGUCGCGCCUGUACCGCCCAGGCUCCAUCGCCUACGUCUCCAAGUCGGGAGGCAUGUCCAACGAGCUCAACAACAUGGUCUGCCGCUGCUCCGACGGCGUGUACGAGGGCGUCGCCAUCGGCGGCGACAGGUACCCGGGCAGCCGCUUCCUCGACCACUUCCUGCGCUACCAGGACGACGCUGGCGCGAAGGCGCUCCUGCUCCUAGGCGAGGUCGGCGGGAUCGAUGAGUACGACCUCAUCGACGCGGUCAAGAGCGGCCGCAUCACCAAGCCUGUCAUUGCAUGGUGCGUGGGCACGUGCGCCUCAUGCUUCGCCACGGAGGUGCAGUUUGGCCACGCCGGCGCCCAGGCCCGCGGCGACAUGGAGACGGCGGCCGCCAAGAACAAGGCCAUGAAGGAGGCGGGCAUCCACGUCCCCGACUCCUUCGACAAGCUGCCGGAGCUGAUCUCCCAGGUGUACAAGGACCUCGUUCUGCAGGGCGUGAUCGUGGAGACGCCGGAGGGCGAGACUCCCCAGGUGCCCAUGGACUACACGUGGGCCAAGAAGCUCGGCAUGGUGCGCAAGCCGGCCAACUUCAUCUCCUCCAUUGCGGACGACCGCGGCGAGGAGCUGAAGUAUUGCGGCGUGACGAUCACCGAGGUCUUCGCCCAGGACCGAAUGACCUGGGCAUCGGCGGCGUCCUGUCGCUGCUGUGGUUCCGCCGCCAGUUGCCCCCCGCGUGCACCAAGUUCAUCCCGGAUGAUCCUCAUGGUCACCGGCGACCACGGCCCCGCCGUCAGCGGCGCGCACAACACCAUCGUGACCGCGCGCGGGGGAGGACCUGGUGUCGGCCCUCUGCAGCGGCCUGCUCACCAUCGGCCCGCGCUUCGGCGGGGCGCUGGACGACGCCGCGAAGAUGUUCAGCGAGGCAUACGACAGUGGCGUCACCCCGAAGGACUUCAUCGACAGGUGCAAGAAGAACAACCAGCUCGUCAUGGGCAUCGGGCACCGCAUCAAGUCCCUGGCCAAUCCGGACCAGCGCGUGGUCCUGAUCAAGGAGUACGCGAAGAAGCACUUCAAGUCGACUGCGAUCCUGGACUUCGCGCUGGCGGUGGAGCAGAUCACGACACGGAAGCGCGCCAACCUCAUCCUGAACGUCGACGGCUGCAUCGCCGUCUCCUUCGUAGACAUGAUCAGGUCCUGUGGCGCCUUCUCGAGGGAGGAGUGCGACGAGCUGAUGAGCUUCGGCUGCCUGAACGGGCUCUUCGUGCUCGGCCGCUCCAUCGGCUUCAUCGGCCACUACUUGGACCAGCUGCGCCUGAAGCAGCCUCUGUACCGCCACCCGUGGGACGACAUCACGUACAUCCAGGAGCUCGCUGGCAGCAGCUGAGCUGGCCUCACGGUUGCUUGGAGAGGCAUCUGGCCGAUCGUGGCCAUUGGUUUUUACUGCAGACCAAAUAUAAUUAAGUAAGAGAUUCUUGAGCCGGCGGGAGCCGGGCCGAACGUUUUCGGCAGUGUCCAGGCACCUGCGUGUUACAGCCAUACAUCUAUAGUACCCGCGAGGGCUCGGACAGGCUGCGCCCACAAGGAGCGUGCACCUGGCCCUGCCGGCUCCGAGGUUCGGGCCCCGCGUUCUGCGCCUGCGGUUCGGGGGCCGGUCGGCGGUGGCGGCGCUGCCCAGCUCCAGUCCGAACAAGGUUCGAGUCUCAGGCAAUGCCUGGGCGAUACUCUCGGGCUGCCAGGCCAUUUGGAGUGCCAUUUGCGAGGCGCCUUCUGGAGCAUUUUGGAGCGCAUCCUGAGCCACCAAGACAUGCGGUGUCCUGAUCUCCUCAAUACGGGGUCCCUGGAAGUCCCGACCCUUCCCCAGGCCCCGCUGUUGCAUCCCUGG